GUAUCGAUGGGUAUCAUAACUGGACAGAACACCGGUUCUCUCAGGCUGUCUGGAUGUACUGUAUUACAGAUUCUAGUUAAAUAGUGAGGAGAGUGUGUUCUCUGUAAUGCUGAACUUUAUUUAGAGCUUCAUGUUGAGUUAACGACUGGAUUAAAAUAUUAAAAUGCCCCUCCUGGUUCAGAACAGACGGGUCGAGCGCGUGACUUCAACUACAGACCUGUUCCUCAGAUAUUCUCAUCUAAAGGAAAACGCCAAAGAGUUCCGGUCCAGACCCGCUCUGACUGUCGAGCCCAAGCGCCUCCUUUACGUUCAGCAGAGAGAAUUCGCAGCCACGACACCGGCGGACAGUUCUGUCUCGGUCAUUGGCUCUGGAGAUGCAACUACAUGUCACCUUGUGGUUUUGCGGCACACAGGCAGUGGAGCGACUUGUCUGGCUCACUGUGAUGGUUCGAGCACUUUCACCGAAGUUCCUCUCCUUGUAAACGCUGUCACAUCCUUAAGCAACCCUGCAAAGGAGGGCAGGUUAGAGCUUCAUCUUGUUGGGGGGUUUGAUGAUGACUCCAAGACGUCCCACACACUCAGCCUUACUAUACUAGCGGCCUUUCAGAAGCAGAAGGACGAAAUUCACUUAGAGACCUGCUGUAUUACUGAUAUGAAUGAUGUUGUGACAGAUGGGAUUCACAGACCAAUUGUAUAUGGAAUAGGAGUGAAUGUCAAAACAGGCGAGGUGUUCCCCGCCUCAUUUCCACAGAGAGGCCCAGCCGAGGACCUGCGGUCUGCUCGCACCUUCACUGGUGGAGAGAUGGCCGAGGUGUAUGACUCCAGUAAGGAACAGAUAAAGAUUGGUCCCUGCAGGUGGACCCCUAACAGGGAUAUUGCCUUCUGGCUGUCUGAAGAUGACAACACCAUCCUACAGUUCCUGUCCACAUCUCCUUAUGCUGAGCCGCCGCACUUUGUUCAACACAUUAAGUCCACCAUCCAGUUCCUGCUGGACCACCCCAGUGCAGACAGCCUGUUCCCUGGAGGUCAGCCGCAGCUGUUCCAGCGGUCGGAGCAGGGAGAGUGGGAGAGGGUGUCCCAGCAGUAGACCACCUGCAGCCUGCGCACUGCCCUUAACUCUGAACAACACUGUGACCCAACCAAACGCCUUCGGAAGAAGAAUCUGCUGGCAGUAAAAGUUGCUUUUUUAUGCUAAAUUGUGACCAGUUUUCUACAGUCUUAGGAUGUUUAGGUCAAGCUGAGGGGUUUGCUAAAGGAAAGUGGACCUACAUAAGCAUAAAAAAGAAACUUCUACUUGGAGUGAAAAAUGUGGCAUAGCUUUUAAAUUAUGCACCAAUUUUUGUGUUGACACUUUAGAGACUGUACAGACUUGUACAGAUAUAAUAAUAUCCUUUUUCCUGGAUCCUCGAAGCUGGACUUUUUUUAUUUUGACCUUUGUGCAUAUAUGUGUAAUGAUAUAUUAUCCAUCACCAUUUCUCUUCUGCCCAUUGCAGUGAAUCAUAAAAAAUGGCAUGAUUUGA